GCUGCUGGGAACGUGCUGGUUUCCAGCUCUGGUGAUGGAAUAAUGGGCUGUGCUCCCGAUCUCCUGUCAUCUGUCCUCCCCUGGCACUUGUGAAAUGUGCCCCAGAGCUUGGGAGGGUGCCAUUCCUGCCCUUUAUCCCCAUCCUCAGAGCCCUUCGGUGCAUUUGGGAUCUGCAGGCAUUGUCCUGAGGCACAGCAGAACUGUCACAGAGUUAUCUCAGCCGAAGGCUCGGGUUCAGCAGGAGCUGUCUGGCUGGGGAAUUGGCAGAGAGGAGUUCAUUUCUGUGCUGCACAUGGCAGUGCCUGCUGCACGCCAGGACAGCUUGAACUGAUGUGCCCAGCACCACCCAUGGACUGUGGGAUGGGGCUCGGGGCUCUCUGCAGGUGGAAUAAAUCCUUGUUUUGUGUCUGGGACUGCUGAGUCCACGGGGCAGAUUCAUCUGGCACGUGGGCUGUCCAUGAAGGAGGUGGGUGACGGGCUGCACGAGCAGAUGAACUGCAUGAUGGGCGCCCUGCAGGAGCUGAAGCUGCUGCAGGUGCAGACGGCCCUGGAGCACCUGGAGCUCUCGGAGCAGCGCCACUGCUGCAGGAGCAGCACGGGGACGGGGCUGGGGGACACCCAGGGACGCUGCCCCCCGUCCCUGGCGUGUCCUGUGCCACAGCCAGCCAGCCUGUGCCAGCCUGCCGCGUCCCCAGAGAGCCACCAGCCCCGGGACAGCCCCUGCUCCUCGCAGAGCCUCUGCAGGGACGGCGUGCGCCCCCCGAAAGGACCCUCCCCAGUGCCCCGGGCACCGGAGCCAGGCCAGGGCACGGCUGGGGCGUGGGCACCGUGCCAGGAGUGCCCGGGCUGCGACGAUGGCCACGACUGGACCUCGUCCCUGAUGUCGCAGAGCAGGAACCGGCAGCCGCUGGUGCUGGGCGACAACAUCUUCGCAGACCUGGUGGGCAACUGGCUGGACCUGCCCGAGCUGGACAAGAAGGGCGACAAGGGCGAGGCCUCCCUGUCCCUGAGCAGGUCCCAGGAGCUCUGCAGGAAGUUCUCCCUCACCACCAACAUCUUCAAGAAGUUCCUGCGCAGCGUGCGGCCGGACCGCGACAGGCUGCUCAAGGAGAAGCCUUGCUGGCUCCCUCCCGAGGACAAACAGCCCCACAUCUCCAAGAGGUCCAAAAAGAUCAGCAAACUCAAGGGCACGUUUUACCUGCCCCUGCACGGGAACCUGCAGAGCCACCACAGCAAGGCAGAGAGGUGCCCAAGGGCAGAGGGCCGUGGUGAGCUCCCCAAGGUGGGCACCAGGAAAGUGCCCGAGCCCAGAGACUACAGCCAGGCAGGGUUUGACAUCAACACGGCCGUGUGGGUGUGAGCCUGCUCUGCCCAGCCUCUCGCAGCUCUGCUCUGCCCAGCAUCUCCACACCCACCGCCAGCUGGAGGCCGCCCACCUGCGCAGGGACUCUGACAAGAGAGGAUCCUGCAGAAAUGCUGCACACGGAAUUUUCUGCACAACUCCAGCUCCAGGGACUGCCUGAGCAGCAGCUCCACCUGGGGAGACCUUUGGGGACCAAUAUUGGCAAAAGUAAUGCAGAUCUUUACCAGCUUUAGGGUGAGUGGUGCCACAGGUGAGCAGCUCCUGGUGCCAGGCCCAUUCCAUCAUCUCCAGCUCAAUGGUGCAGCACAAAAUCCACAGUGUGCAUGUGUGUGUAUGCGUGUGCAAAUAUAUAUAUAUAUAUAUAGUUUUGUUUAAAAAAUCUAUUCCUGCUUGUGUGCACUUGAAACUGGGUUACAAACCAGGCAUCCCAAGCCUUGUACCUGAAGCACUUGUUAUUUAAAUGGAAAGAAAUAUGUUUGAAUUUAUAAGACUUGAACAAUUGCUGAGUGGGGGCCAAACCCCCAGCUUUGGGGGAGUUUCCCUUUAAACUGUGUCCCUGGUGCCCUGCCAGCAUCUCUCCCUCCCCUGCCAGUCCAGCCAGGGGGCACAAGGCUCCUUACAGGGGGUUUGUGACCGGGGGUCUCGGUGGGUUUGCCCCUUCCCCUUGCCCCUGUGGAUUGUUGCAGGUACAGCACUGCUGAAGUUCAUGGUUGGAUUUUCUCCAGAUGCAAAGUUCAGUGCCCCAUCUCCUGUUGUGUUCCUGUUGCUGUUGUACAAACCCUGCUGUGACAGAACCAAGUUCUUCAGCGUCCGACUCUCUGAGAGUUCCAAUAAAGUGGGAUUGUCUCGCUCUGCUCUGGGA